AUGUACCAUUCGUACGAAUUAGAGACGUUGGCCGUCGUGAAAGCUCUACAAAACUUCAAGCACUACCUCGUGGGGCUAAAGUUUACCAUCGUCACCGAUUGCAAUGCUCUGAAGGCUACGGAACGCAAGAAGGAUCUACUACCUCGAGUGGCAAGGUGGUGGAUGUACCUGCAAGAUUUUAAUUUUAGCAUUGAAUACAGAAAAGGCGUGCUUAUGUCUCAUGCUGACUACCUUAGCCGCAACCCCGCUUGUCAUCAGGUAAAUAUAAUUCAAAAACCUCGUAAUUGGGCCCACACUGCUCAACAAAGUGACGAGGAAACCUUGAACUUACUCCAGAAGUUGCAGGACGGCGCUCUGGAUCCGAAUAGGUAUGUUGCUCGUGAUGAUUUGCUCUACUAUCGGUAUACACCAAUUGGCGGACCACCACGGCUACUGUGCUACAUACCUAAGGGACACAGACUUAGUCUCAUGAGAAUAUUCCAUGACGAACACGAACACAUUGGAGCGGAGAAAACUUUAGAUCUCAUCCUAAAGCAUUUCUGGUUCCCUGGCAUGAGGCAGUUCGUAAGUAAAUAUAUCGCUCAUUGCUUGAUCUGUCUUCCCAACAAGCGAAUACCUCGUGCACCCCUUCAACAAAUUACUUCUUGGGAAAAACCAGGCGACCCGUUCCACACCAUGCAUAUAGACGCGUUGGGACCACUACCUCGAUCCGGAGAAUUUAAGUUUGUGUUAAUCGCCGUUGACAGUUUCAGCAAAUACUGCUUACUAACUCCUAUGACUCGUCAAGACGCCGACGAAUUAAAAAAGGUAACUGCGCAUAUAAUUUCGCUCUUUGGUGUACCUAAGAUCAUGAUUACUGACAAAGGCCGCAUGUUCGAGUCAAAUGCGUUCGUCAAAUGGGUCAACGAUAUGGGUUGCGACAUACAUCACAUCACACCUGGGAUGCACCAUGCAAAUGGCCUAGUAGAGCAAUAUAUGCGUACAGUACUCAACAUGAUCCGGAUAGAAACCAAUCACAGGAAAACUUCAUGGGCGGAUACACUGUGGAAGCUGCAGCUUGUCAUUAACGUGACAAAACACAAAACUACCCAGACAUCACCACUCAAUCAUCUCAUAGGAAUCGAAGCAGCUACCCCAGCCAUCCAUGCCUUGGUCCGAGACGUUACUGUUGAGGGCCAGUCAUCAAACAGGGAGGCGCUCCGGGAACUUUCCAGAAGCAGAGCUCGGGAACUUCUGGAAAGCAAUCAAACUGAACAAGAUGGGCGUGUCAAUCAACAGAGACAAGCAACACGCGAGUUUAAAAUUGAUGACCUUGUGUUCGUGAUUAAAACUUCUCAGUCCACAGGAAAGCUAGACUCUGGAAUGCGAGGACCCUACAAAGUCGUCGACAUUCUGCCGAGUGGUCGCUACCGGUUGAAGCUUGUUAGUGGCGACUAUGGGAAGACGACGCAGGCGGCAGCGCAAUAUAUGGUGCCCUGGCGUGGUGAAUGGAGCCCCGAGGCUUGCGCUGCAUUCUUCGAUUAUGAAGCUGAACCAUUAGAACCCACUCUGCCACCAGCGUCGACAGCAGCGCCAGAAGAACGCGUUGGGGCAGCUGACGCAGCGUCCACUGCAGUGCCAACAACGACCACGGACAACGCCGGUGACCUGCCUCCAUCGUCAGAGGCUGGCAACAGCAACCAACCGCGUCCAUGCGUCGUGUGCCAGGGCAAGCAUAGGAUCUUCGACUGCAAUGUCUUCGGGGCUCUGACCACGGACGAGAAAUGGGCUCAAGCGGCAAAACUGAAGCUCUGCCUCAACUGCCUGCGGCCUUCGCACACUGCAGCUCGAUGCCGUCUGGGCGGCUGUCGCGUAUGUAAGGUUGAGGGUUCCUUCGAUAGUCAAGUUACUAGUCGACAGGGCGAGGCCGAGGUCCAAGCUCCUGUCGUCAUGUCUUCGUCUUCAACAUGCUCUGAAUCUCUUCUGUCUACUGCCUUGUUGGACAUCAUUAAUCCUCACACUGACAAGGCUGAGAGUGUUAGGGCGCUGCUGGAUUGUGGAAGUCAGUCUUCUUUUAUUACAACUAGUUUGAAACAUCGUCUUCAAUUGGCUUCUGAACCAUCAGGCACUACAAAUAUUCUAGAUAUUGGAAAUGCUUCGUUGAACAUCAUUCCAGAGCGAUGCUCUGCAGUCAUUCAAUCAAAACAGGGUACCUACUCUCGUGAAAUAGAGUUCUUGGUGCUACCUCGUAUUACGGAUAAGCUCCCUAAGCUUCAUAUUGACAUAUCUUCAUUCAAUCUGCCAUCUUCUUUUAUAUUGGCGGAUCCUUCAUUUAAUCAGCCUUCACAGGUUGACAUGCUCCUAGGAGCAGACGUCUUCUGGGAACUUCUUAAUUCCGAACAAAUUUCUUUGGGACCAAAUUUACCUUUUCUGCGUAGCACAAGGUUAGGAUGGGUCAUAUCUGGUAAAGCACCAUCUCUUCGUUACUCAAAGGAACUUCAUUGUAAUUUUGCAUCUGUUGACAACAUUCAAUCUGACUUAACACGUUUUUGGGAAUAUGAAGACUUCCCAACUGAUCAUCGUAAGGACAUCGUUACAGCGAGCGAGAGUCACUUCAUUGAAAACACACAUCGUCUUGAGAAUGGUAGGUUCUGCGUCAAGCUACCUCUCAUCGAUUCGCCUGAUUGUCUAGGUGAGUCAUAUCAUCUUGCUAAAAAGCGCUUCUUCGGUUUGGAGAAAAGAUUCAAACAGAACCCUUCUUUGAAGGAAAAAUAUGUUGACUUCAUUAAUGAAUAUCGAGAUCUAGGUCAUCUUUCAGAGGCACCUGUACAGAAACCUGGCGUGUCUUACUUCUUACCACAUCAUGCUGUUCUUAAAGAAAACAGUGAGUCCACUAAAUUGCGUGUUGUCUUUGACGCCUCUGCGCGUACAUCAUCCGGCUACUCUAUCAAUGACCUGCAAAUGGUAGGCCCUAAUAUUCAGGACUCACUUUUCAAUAUUUUGCUUAGAUUUCGUCAUUACAAAUAUGUACUGUCUGGUGAUAUCGAGAAACAGUAUAGACAAAUCUCCUUAGCCGAAUCGGACCGUGAUCUUCAACUCAUUUUAUGGCGUGAGAGUGAAAGUCUUCCUCUCAGGUCUCUUCAACUACACACAGUGACGUAUGGAUUUUCUAGCGCCAGUUUUCUUGCUGCUAGGUGUUUGUGGCAGUUAGGCGAGGAAUCAGCUGACAUCUUGAAUGACCCCUCCGCGGGUCAUGACCCCCAGGGUCCAUGUACUGCUGCUGACGCUAUCAAGGACAUAAUUCAGUCAGACUUUUACUGUGAUGACCUUCUAUGCGGUGCUGAUUCGGAGGAAGAUUUGCUCUUUAUCAAAAAUGCUGUUUGUAAAGUAUUAUCUACAGGCUGCUUCAAUCUUAGGAAAUUUCGAUCGAAUUCUUCUAUCGUCAUAGAGUCUGAAAAACUAAAAUCAGAAGCUGGUAAUCUUAUGCUUAGUCAGUCCGUGCAAACAUUGGGUUUAGGGUGGAAUCCCACUUUUGACAUUCUUCAUUUCGACAUCGAUGACAAGGCUCCCAGCACUGUUACAAAACGCAGCAUUCUAUCUGCGACAUUUAAAAUUUUCGACCCUUUAGGACUUCUUACUCUGUAUACAGUCAGGUCGAAAAUUCUUUUACAGAAAAUCUGGGCUCUUCAUUUGAACUGGGAUGAUCCCGUUCCUCCUGAAAUUCGUCGAUGCUGGGAACGCUUCUUAGACAGCGUUAAAUAUUUAAAACAUCUACAUAUUCCACGAGAUAUUUUUGAUCAACUUGUUCCAGCGUACGUAGAGCUGCACGUGUUCUGCGAUGCUUCACAAGCUGCCUACGGGACGUGCGUUUAUGUUAAGUCCACGUCUGUGUCGGGUCAAGAGUCUUGUAAUCUUCUUUGUGCUAAAUCACGUGUUGCACCUGUCAAGGCCACCACUAUCCCACGUCUGGAGCUCUGCGCCGCCUUACUUGGUGCUCGUCUAGCUUCCACCGUCAGUACUGCAUUUCGUAAGUCUAUCGCUCGUUGCGUUUUUUGGUCAGACUCCAGCGUUGUGUUAGCGUGGUUGAAAUCCUGUCCAUCUAGACUUAAGACUUAUGUUGCUAAUAGGGUGUCCUCCAUACAAGAACUUACACAUGGCGCCACUUGGAAUUAUGUGCCCACAUCAUUGAAUCCGGCAGACCUCGCAAGCCGCGGAAUCGAUAUUCAUCUCGAUCAAAUGGAGAACACUACUUGGUGGCACGGCCCAAACUUUCUUCUUGGUCCAGAAAGUGACUGGCCUUCUCUCCCUAACGAUAAACUUCAUUCUGAUUUACCAGAAAUCAAACACUCUAUCACUGUACUUAACACAGAGACACAAUCCUCAUUGAAUUCUAUAAUUGAUUUUGAGAGGUACUCUAAUUACAUGAAAUUACGACGUAUUGUUGCUUAUAUACUUCGCUUCAUUAACAUUAAAUGUAGAAAACAGAAAGCCAACGGUCCACUUUCCGUUGAAGAAUUAGACGCUUCACUUAAAGUCCUUGUUAAGUUUUCACAACAAGAAUCCUUCCCCAAAGACUUAGAAUUACUUCAUAAAAAUAAGACCAUCAGCCCAAAAUCAUCUCUUUCUUCUUUGUCACCAUUCUUGGACUCUCAGGGCAUCCUGAGAGUGGGGGGGAGGAUACGUAAGUCGGAUUUCGAUUUUACUAAGAUUCAUCCUAUACUUUUAAACUCAAGACACACACUCACUAAACUCUUAUUUACUCACGAACACAAACGCCUCUUACAUGCGGGACCGCAGCUCAUGCUGUCCUCUAUCCGUGAGCAGUUCUGGCCGAUCGGGGGUAGGGAUCUGGCACGACGCACGGUACGCGGUUGUGUCACUUGCAUCAGAUUUAAUGCUAAAGCAAUGAAAAACAUAAUGGGAGACUUACCGCCACAGCGGCUUAUUCCUGACUUCCCAUUUUCCACUGUUGCUAUGGACUUUGCGGGCCCUUUUUUAAUUACGGACCGUAGAGGGCGUGGGUGUAAAAUAACGAAGUGCUAUUUGUGUCUCUUUAUAUGUUUCCGUUAUAAAUGUAUCCAUCUUGAGUGUGUUAGCGAACUAUCUAAAGAUUCUUUUAUACUAGCCCUGCGCCGCUUCAUAUCUCGUAGGGGUAAGCCUAAAGAAAUUUUUUGCGACAAUGGCAGAAAUUUUGUGGCAGCUGCAAGAGAGCUCAGCGAGUUUUUUAGCAUAUAUUCUGACUCUAUUGUAGGUUUUGCAGCUGAUCAGGAUAUAAAGUUUAAAUUCUCACCGGCUUACGCUCCUAACUUCAAUGGUUACGCAGAGGCAGGCAUAAAAUCUGCCAAACAUCUAUUAAAACGUUCCUUGGGCAGCACACAUAUGACAUUUGAGGAACUCACUUCUUUGUUUGCCCAAGUGGAAGCUAUCCUCAAUUCUAGACCCAUUUCCCCCCUCUCUUCUUGUCCUACUGACCAUGCAGCGCUCACACCUGGACACUUUCUCCUCGGCAGGUCACUGACGUCGCUUCCGGCUCCAGUGCUAGAGGACAUCAACCCCAGACGUCUGGACAGAUACCAGCUGAUCGAACAAACACGUCAAGUCUUCUGGAGAAGGUGGCAGGCGGAGUAUGUCACUGAGCUGCAGUCCAGGUCAAAAUGGAAAACCAGAUGUAGAGACCUGAAGGAGGGAGAUCUCGUCAUUAUCAAAGAGGACAACAUCCCACCACUGGCCUGGAGGCUAGGACGGGUAAUGAAGCUGCAUCCUGGAGCUGACGGGGUGCCGCGAGUAGCGGACCUGACCACGGCGCGAGGAGUCAUCCGGCGCGCUCUCAAUCGGCUCUGCCUGCUGCUGGAUGAAGAAGACAACAAGGCUUGAAAGCAGAGCUUUCAAGGGCCCCCAGUAUGUUCGAGCGCGUACAUCCCUAGCGCAGCUGCACGGCUACAUCACUACAGCGGGGCGCGGGGGGAGCGCUCCCGGCGACGCGG